AUGUCCAUGCUUGUAAAGCGGUGCGAGAACGGCUCGGCGACGCGCGCCUCGUGCGGCGAGGGCCAGCGCUUCAGCGCGGCGCGGGGGGCCUGCUGCCCCGCCGGCGACGUGUGGUGCGUGCGGCCGCUGUGCGCCGGCGACGAGGGCGCCUUCGCCGAGCCGGGGUCCCGCUGCCGCGCCUACUACCGCUGCCGCGCCGGCCGCGCCUCGCAGCUCGCCUGCCCCGCCGGCGCCGCGUUCAGCGCGCGCGACCAGGAGUGCGUGGCCGGCGCGGCGCGGGAGCCGUGCUACGAGCUGCUGUGCACGGGCCGCGUGAACGGCGACUACGCGGACUCCUCGCACGGCUGCCGGCGCUCGUUCCGCUGCGAGGGCGGCGAGGUGCGCGCGGUGCGCGGCUGCCCCGCCGGCUCGCUGCACGACGGCCGCGCCUGCCGCCCCGCCGCCGAGGUGACCUGCCCGCCGCCGCACGCCAGCGCCGUCGCGCUGCCCGCCGACGACUGCGCGGGGCUGCCGGACGGCCCGCGCCCCGCCGCCGGCUGUCGCGUGUACCGCCUGUGCCGCGGCGGCCGCACGCUGGCCACGCUGCGCUGGGAGGGCGCUCCCUGCCCGCCGCCCGCCCCCGCCGACCCCUGCGCCGGCCGCGCCGACGGCCUCGGUCCCGACUACGCCUCGGGCUGCGGCGCCCACGUGCGCUGCGGGGGCGGCGCGCUGCUCGCGCGGCUGCGCUGCGAGGGCGCGCGCGUCUUCGACGGCAGCGCCUGCGUGGCCGAGGGGGACUUCUCGUGCGAGGGCCCCGAGCCGUGGCUGGGGUGCGCGGCCCUGGCGGACGGCCUGCACGCCGACCUGGGCCCCGACUCCCGGUGCCGGCGCUACUUCCUGUGCCACCGAGGCAACAGGACGCGACUGGCCUGCCCGCGCGGCCAGGUGUUCGACGGGCGGUCCUGCGUGCCCGCGGGCGACUACCGCUGCCCCGCCCUCCCCCAGGACGCGUGCCAGGACAAGCCGGACGGCUACUACCGCGACGCCGACUCGGGCUGCCGCUCCUACUUCUUCUGCUCCAACGGCCACAAGAUAACCUACCUGUGCGCCGGCUCGUACGUGUUCGACGGGACAGAGUGCGUGGCCCCCGACGCUUACGAGUGUCCGUUCUCGUCCGAAGACUGCGUGGGCAGGGCGAACGGCUACCAUGCGGCCGCGGAAUCCGAUUGUCGGAAGUACUACUACUGCCUGGACGGCGACAAGAUAACGACUCUCAUGUGUGACGAUGACAAGGUGUUCGACGGGAGGCGUUGCGUCGACCCGUCUGUGUUCCAGUGCACCAUUCCUUACAGUGCGGACGCGGGUGUGUGCCACGGCAGGUCGGAUGGGUGGUUCGCCGACUUCAACAAUGGCUGCCGGAACUACUUCCAGUGUAUAGGAGGGAGGAAAGCAGCAGACGCCUCCUGUCCGGACGGGAAGGUCUUCGACAGUUCGUCUUGUGUGGAUGCGCGGACCUACUCCGGGAUGUAG